AUGUUGUUCGCAAUUGAAGAAAUAAACAAGAACCCUACACUGCUCCCGAACCUUACACUGGGUUACCAGAUUUACGAUUCGUGUGGCAUGCCGUCCUUGUCUAUUAAGGCAGCCUUAGAGAUUUUAGAUGGGCGAAGGGACGCUGUUUCAGAGGAUAACUGUAGGAAUGUAAAUGCUAUUGUUGGUGAUUCAGGAUCCUCACAGUCCGCCGCAGUUUCAAGGCUACUAAGCCCUUUCAGAAUCCCCAUGGUCAGUUAUUUUUCAACCUGUGGUUGUUUGAGCAACAAAAAAGAACAUCCAUCAUUUUUCAGGACAAUACCCAGUGAUUACUUUCAGGCGAGGGCAUUGGCACAACUAGUGAAACAUUUUGGAUGGAAUUGGAUUGGAACAAUCAAGAGUGACAAUGACUAUGGUAACUUUGGGAUGCAAGCGUUCACAGAAGCUGUCCAGCAGUUGGGAGUUUGCAUUGCCUUUUCUGCGUCCUUUUGCAGAACAUACCCUCGAGAAAAGUUACUCAGAACUAUUAAUGUUGUGAAGGAAGCAAACACAAAAGUUAUUGUGGCCUUUGUCGCUAAAGGUGAUAUGGAAAUUUUGCUAAAGGAGAUUGCAAGACAAAACAUCAAAGGCAUUCAAUGGAUAGGAAGUGAAGCUUGGAUUUCCACAACAAUUCUUCCCUUGAAAGAAAGCCGAAGGUUUCUUACUGGAGCAUUAGGAAUUUCAAUUCCUCAAGCAAAAAUCCAUGGUUUUAAGGCGUUUCUGUACCAAGCACACCCUUCUGCAAACCCAGGAAAUAGUUUACUCAAAGAAUUUUGGGAAACAAUCUUCAAUUGUCGUCUAAGCUUGGCAGGGAAUCAGGCAAAUGGAACAGAAGAAACUUCUGAAUGUACAGGCCAAGAGAGUUUGCAAACCAUUAAAAAUAUCUAUACUGACACAUCUCAGUUGAGAGUUACAUAUAAUGUGUACACGGCAACAUAUGCUAUAGCUCAUGCUCUGCACCAAAUGCUCAGAUGUAACACUGUGGACAGGGCAUCCUGGAAUAAUACAUGUGACAAUCUGUCCAAUUUUAAAUCACAACAGCUUUUGCAAUACUUGAAAAUGGUUAAUUUCACCACUAUGACUGGAGAAACAGUGCACUUCAAUGAAAGUGGGGAUCCCAUUCCAAAGUAUGACAUUGUAAAUUGGCAAAGCACUAGGGGUGGCACUGAUAUAGUAACAGUAGGAUAUUAUGAUGGAUCUGCAACUCCAGGUGAAGAAUUCUCUAUUAAUGAAGAAUCAGUGGUUUGGAGUGAUGGGCGAAGAAAGGUACCACAGGCAGUUUGCUCUGAAAGUUGCACAGCUGGAACAAGGAAAGCCGCCAGAAAAGGGCAGCCUAUUUGCUGUUUUGAUUGUGUAGAGUGUGCUGAAGGGGAGAUCAGUAAUAUUACAGAUUCAAUAACGUGCCUAAAAUGUCCUUGGGAUUAUUGGCCAAAUAAACAGCGAAACCAAUGCAUACCGAAGAUGACUGAAUUUCUCUCCUUUGAGGAGAUCAUGGGGAUUGUUUUAGUAACACUGGCAUUACUUGGAACUGGCUUCACAGUGACUGUAACUGUAAUUUUCUGUAUUCAUAUCAACACUCCCAUUGUUAAAGCCAAUAAUGCAGAAUUAAGCUUUCUGCUUCUUUUUGCUUUGGUACUGUGCUUUCUCUGCUCAGUAACAUUCAUUGGAAAACCUUCAAACUGGUCUUGCAUGUUACGCCACACCGUGUUUGGUAUUACUUUUGUUCUCUGCAUUUCCUGUGUUUUGGGCAAAACCUUGGUUAUAAUGAUGGCCUUUAAUACAAUCCUUCCUAAUAAUAACAUGAUGAAGUGGUUUGGGCCCGUACAACAACGCCUGGCCAUUUUCAUCCUCACAUUUAUACAAUGUCUAAUAUGCAUGGUCUGGUUAAUUACAUCACCACCCUAUCCUCUGAAAAAUGCAAAUUAUUUUAAAGAUAUUAUUAUUUUAGAAUGUGAUGUUGGGUCUGUGACAGCCUUUUAUUUGGUUCUUGGUUAUAUUGGAUUUUUGUCUUGUGUUUGUUUUGCAGUUGCCUUUUUAGUCCGUAGACUGCCAGAUAAUUUCAAUGAAGCUCAAUGUAUUACUUUUAGCAUGCUUAUAUUCUGUGCAGUUUGGAUAACAUUCAUUCCUGCUUAUGUAAGUUCUCCUGGCAAAUACACAGUGGCUGUAGAAGUGUUUGCCAUUCUGGCAUCCAGCUUUGGUCUACUUGUCUGCAUUUUUGUUCCUAAAUGUUACAUUAUCCUACUACAACCAGAGAAGAAUACAAAGAAACAUUUGAUGUGCAAAGUCACUUGA